AUGGCAUAUGUUCAUUUUGGUAAAGAUGAUUAUCUUCAACGAACACGUCAUGGUCUAAAUUACAUUCGAAAUGUGCAUCGUAAUCCAAAAACAGUUGGUUAUGCAUGGAUUAUUUAUGAUGGAAAAAUUACUGAUGAUACAAAUCAUUGUUAUGGUUUAGCAUUUGUUAUGUUAGCAUAUGCAUGUGCAUUACGUGUUAGUAUUGAACAAGCACGUGAAUAG